UAAAGAUAAUGAAAUAUGUAAUCAUUUAGAGUGCUGCUGUUGUAUAAGAUAAUGAAACCAUUAUAUUUACUGUACAGACUCUGCACUGUAUUAGCCAGUAUAGAAGCAUAUAACUUUUCCCCCAAAGAGUUCUAUAAGAGUGUAAGGUUACAAAAGUCCUGGGAGGUUGUUCCCUUGUUCCUGGUAUGCAAGCAUCUUAGAAUCAUAGAAGAUUAGGGUUGGAAGAGAUCUCAGGAGGUCAUCUAGUCCAACCCCCUGCUUAAAGCAGGACCAACACCACCUAAAUGAUCCCAGCCAGGGCUUUGUCAAGCUGGGCCUUAAAAACCUCUAAGGAUGGAGAUUCCACCAUCAUAGGAUUCUUACUCUAAUCCUAUGAGCACAGAUGCUUUUUAAAUUAAAUAAGUGUUUGCUUUCUAUAGUGCUGGUACUUAGAUGGGUAACAUGCUCCAACCUUCUUGAAUUUUUCAUUUAUGCUGGAAGUUUCCUUCACAAUAGUUCUCCCACCAGUCUUUUCCCUAUCUCUGCUAGCUAAAUAUUUUUGUUCAGCUCAUCCUUCUUUGCUAAUAAUAGCGGGGCUUGCUUUCUUUCCUGCUCCAUGGAAAUGGAGAACUAAUUUCUUAAGAAAUUUGGACUUUGGACAUUUCUGCGAUAACUCUGUGUCUUCAAGUGACAUCUCUGAUGUAGUGGUUGUUGACCACCACCUUCCAUCUCUUGCAGUCGGGACAAAGUUGUAAAACUUCCACUCAAAUGCAGGGCUUUGCCUGUAGGAACAACUGUUGCAGGAUUAGGGUGCAACUGAGGGAAACAGUGGAAGUGGCUAUACCCAACAGUACACUAGCAAAUGCUCAAAAAAUGUCAACUUACUUAUAGGAAUUAUAUGAAACCCAACAUAGUCAUGGUGGAUGUAGGAAAGUGGCCAAUAUUUACCUUGCUUUCACCUCAAGAAAUAGCAUCUAUUCGGAAAGCAUGUGUAUUUGGCACAUCGGCCAAUGAAGCUAUAUACAUAACCCAUAAUGAUGAGGUGUUUGUGUUUGGACUAAACUGUAGUAAUUGUUUGGGGACUGGAGAUAAUCAAAGCACAAUAGUACCAAAGAAAUUAGAAGCCUUAUGUGGAAAGAAGAUUAACAAUCUCAGUUAUGGAAGUGGACCACAUGUUAUACUUAGCACUGAAGAUGGUGAAGUUUAUGCUUGGGGACAUAAUGGAUACAGCCAGCUUGGGAAUGGAACAACCAAUCAGGGCAUUACUCCUAUUCAAGUCUGUACCAACCUGCUAAUUAAGAGGGUGAUUGAAGUAGCUUGUGGCUCUCAUCAUUCUAUGGCCCUAUCAUCUGAUGGAGAUGUAUAUGCAUGGGGCUAUAACAACUGCGGUCAGGUUGGAUCUGGAUCUACAGCAAAUCAGCCAACUCCUCGCAAAGUCUCAAAUUGUUUACAGACUAAAAUGGUGGUCAGUAUUGCUUGUGGUCAGACCUCCUCUAUGGCUGUAAUAGACAAUGGUGAGGUAUAUGGCUGGGGUUACAAUGGCAAUGGUCAGCUAGGUCUGGGAAACAAUGGUAAUCAACUCACACCUUGUAGAGUGGCAGCAUUACAUGGUGUAUGUGUACUUCAGAUUACCUGUGGCUAUGCGCACACACUAGCACUAACAGAUGAGGGUUUGCUCUAUUCCUGGGGAGCUAACACUUAUGGGCAGCUGGGAACUGGCAAUAAAAGUAACCAGCUAAGCCCGGCGCAGAUCAUGAUGGAAAAGGAAAGGGUGGUAGAGAUUGCAGCCUGCCACUCUUCUCACACUUCUGCUGCCAAGACCCAAGGUGGCCAGGUGUAUAUGUGGGGCCAGUGCCGUGGCCAGUCUGUUGUUCUUCCUCACCUCACUCACUUCACUUGCACUGAUGAUGUGUUUGCUUGCUUUUCUACUCCUGCUGUGAUGUGGCGCCUCCUCUCCGUAGAGCAUGAAGACUCCUUAACAGUAGCUGAGUCUCUGAAGAAAGAGUUUGACAGUCCAGAAACCUCAGACCUAAAAUUCCGCGUAGAUGGAAAAUACAUCCAUGUUCAUAAAGCUGUUCUAAAGAUCAGAUGUGAACACUUCAGAACCAUGUUCCAGUCAUAUUGGAAUGAGGACAUGAAGGAGGUGAUAGAAAUAGACCAAUUUUCUUACCCAGUGUAUCGUGCCUUUCUUGAGUACCUAUAUACAGACAGCGUUGAUCUGCCACCUGAAGAUGCUAUAGGACUUCUGGAUUUGGCUACAUCUUAUUGUGAAAACAGAUUGAAAAAACUGUGUCAACACAUUAUCAAGAGAGGAAUUACUGUGGAAAAUGCAUUUUCAUUGCUCUCUGCUGCAGUGAGAUAUGAUGCAGAGGAUUUAGAAGAAUUCUGCUUUAAGUUUUGUGUCAACCAUUUGACGGAAGUGACACAGACUGCAGCGUUUUGGCAAAUGGAUGGCCCCCUGCUAAAGGAAUUCAUUGCUAAAGCCAGUAAAUGUGGAGCCUUUAAGAACUGAAACACAUGGCUGUAAGUUUUGGGUGACGUAGGGUUGUACCAGUCAUAGCUGGUUUGCUGUAUUCAUGAAUAACAGGCUUGUGUAACCCUGCAGGUGAAGAAAAACAAAACAAACCUAAUUGAUUGCAUUAUUUUGGGGUUAUAAAACUCUAUACAGAAACUGCAGCAAAUGUUCUGUGUGCUGUAUCCAUGCUUUUAAAAAAGUGAACUGUUGCAAGAGAUGCAAGUUAGAAGGUUAACAUUAACUUACAUUUGGAGAGCUGGAAAUCUUCACGUUGCUGUUUUUGAGUUUACUGUACUUCUGAGGUGGGAAAAAUUGAAGCAGGAGGAUGGUUUUGAGUGCUGAUGAGAGGAUUAAUCAUUUGGUGCCUGGAAUUGGGAUUUCUUAACUUGAUCUGUUGGGACCUCCAGGGAGUUGCAGCAGAGGCUGAACUGAGCCAUUGAAACAUUUCAUGUAAAUGUUAGCUCUGUAGAAUUACCCUGAAGGAACAAACAGGACUGAUUUCUUUUGUAUUGUGGUUGCAUGAUUAUGAAUUUGUGACAAUUUUGCUAUGUAUAAAUAAUCAAAUGUAUUCAAGGCUUAGAGGAAACUGCAGAAAAGAUAAUGUUGCUAUAAAAUAUACUCAGAGAAAAUUUACUAAUUGAAUUGGAAGUAAAGCUGCUCAUCGGUGAUACCUUAACAUGCAAAGGGCAACAUAUAAUCUAGAUGUUCAAACAUUAUUUAUAAUAGUAAUCGAAAGACUUAUUGCCCUGUUUUGAGGGCCAAAUCAAGUUAAUUAGGCUAUUCUAAAUAAAAGGGGAGAGAACUGUUGGGAAGUUAUUGUUUUUUGCAUUGGAGUAUUGUAUAAAAACUUUAAAAUUACAUGUAAUAAAAUUACACUUUUUUUCAAA